AUGUCAUCUGGAAUUCAAUCAUUAUUAAAAACCGAAAAAGAAGCAGCAGAAAUUGUCAAUGAAGCUAGAAAGUACAGAACCACUCGUUUGAAGUCAGCUAAACAAGAUGCACAGGCUGAAAUUGAUAGUUAUAAGAAACAAAAGGAAGAAGAAUUGAAAAACUAUGAAAAAGAACAUGAAGGAUUAAACGAAAAGAUUGAUAAAGAAGCUGAUGCUGAAGUUCAAAAAGAAUUGACUAGUAUUAAAUCUACUUUUGAUAAGAAGAAAGAUGCUGUUGUCAAAUUGUUGGUUGAAGCAACUGUUAAACCAACUCCAACUUUACAUGUUAAUGCUAGCAACUAA